AUGCAGCUCGGUUGUCUGUCUUUCCGGCAGCCGUAUGCUGGUCUGCUAUUGAACGGAGUGAAAACUGUGGAAACGCGCUGGCGCCCUCUGCUGGCCGAUCAUAAGAACAACACUCUAGCCAUACACAUAGCAGUGAAGGACUGGGAUGGCCAGGACUGGAGGGACAUUCUGCAGGACAGACUGGGGAUGCCAACUGCUGGGGUCCAGCAACUCUUAGAUAAAGGGGAGCAGUUUGGCAGGGGAGUCAUUGCUGGUCUUAUUGACAUCGGUGAUACCUGGCAAUGUGCAGAUGAUAUGCCCACUGAAGACACCUUAGAACUUGAAAAUAAAGCUCUGCUGAUUGGUCUACAAGGGAAAUACCUGACUGCUGUUUCCAACCCCAGGUGGCUAUUGGAACCAAUUCCAGCAAGAGGCAGCAAAGACAUUUGGACAGUGACUGUUCCCUAUCAUUUAAUACCUUCAUAA